CGGGGUGAGCGCAGCGUUACGUGCUCGAGACCGUGAGUCGCGCUCACCGUUCCUGCCUCGCGAGCCUCGGUGAAAGGAUUUGGCGCCAGGCGGAUCUCUUUCUGCAGCUGCCGCAGCCAUACGAGUCAGCCGCCUACGCCCAGACCGCAUCGAGUCCCUGCCGUCGCCGCUGCCGCCAUGAGCUGCUCGCCGGUGAACGUGAAGAAGUUGAAGGUGUCUGAGCUCAAGGAGGAGCUGAAGAAGCGUCGCCUCUCCGACAAGGGCCUCAAGGCCGAUCUCAUGGAACGGCUCCAAGCCGCGCUUGACCAAGAGGAGGCCGGUGGAGGGGGCUUAGGUAGCGCCGAGCCCGGCAAUGGCAACGUCGAGGAGCUGGGAGAAGCCGCUCCGGGCAGCGGAGGUGCCCAGGAGCAGCUGCUGAUGGCUCCGGGAGGCGGAGGCCCCGACCAGGCCGCGGCCUGCGACGACGAUGAGGAGGCGGAGUUCGGCGCCUGCCACGGAGAGGAGGAGGAGGAGGAAGGCAUGGAGCUGGGCGAGGAGAACGGCGAAGGGGUGGCCGCCGGCGAAGAAGAGGCAGCCGAUGAUCUAGAAGACGACGAGAACGGCGACGACCAAGGCUUUCAGGAGGGGGAAGAUGAAGAGGAAGACGUCGCCGGCGCCGCCGGCGCCGGCGCGUCCGCCACUAGCAGCAGCGGGAACGCCAACGGCCAUGGCGCCGUGGCGAAAGAAUUGCCUACCCAGCAGCCGCAGCAGCAAAAGCCUGGAGGGCCCGCUCGCCCUGCGGGGGAAACUAAAACUGAACAAAAACCUGGUGAGAAAAAAAGGGGAGUGAAAAGACCACGGGAGGACCACGGACGAGGCUAUUUUGAGUAUAUUGAAGAGAACAAAUAUAGCAGGGCCAAAUCACCACAGCCACCUGUUGAAGAAGAGGAUGAACACUUUGAUGACACAGUGGUUUGUCUUGAUACUUAUAACUGUGACCUACACUUUAAAAUUUCAAGAGAUCGUUUUAGUGCUUCCUCAUUAACUAUGGAAAGUUUUGCCUUUCUCUGGGCUGGAGGAAGAGCUUCUUAUGGAGUUUCGAAAGGAAAAGUCUGUUUUGAAAUGAAAGUAACUGAAAAAAUUCCUGUUAAGCAUCUGUAUACAAAAGACAUUGACAUACAUGAAGUGAGAGUUGGCUGGUCGCUAAAUACAAGUGGGAUGCUGCUUGGUGAGGAGGAAUUUUCUUAUGGAUACUCCUUAAAAGGGAUAAAGACAUGCAAUUGUGAGAUUGAAGAUUUUGGUGAGAAAUUUGAUGAAAAUGAUGUGAUUGGAUGUUUUGCUAAUUUUGAUGGUGAUGAGGUGGAACUCUCUUACUCAAAGAAUGGGCAGGACCUUGGAAUUGCUUUCAAGAUCCCUAAGGAAGUUCUUUCUGAACGGCCCAUUUUCCCACAUGUCCUCUGCCAUAAUUGCGCAGUGGAAUUCAACUUUGGCCAGAAGGAUGAGCCUUAUUUCCCCAUACCAGAGGGGUAUACAUUCAUCCAAAAUGUUAAUCUGGAAGAUAGAGUUAGAGGACCCAAAGGACCAGAACAUAAGAAAGACUGCGAAGUGGUAAUGAUGAUUGGUUUGCCUGGAGCUGGGAAGACUACAUGGGUCACCAAACAUGCAGCAGAGAAUCCUGGAAAGUAUAACAUCCUUGGAACAAAUACUAUUAUGGACAAAAUGAUGGUUGCAGGUUUUAAGCGGCAAAUGGCUGACACUGGAAAACUUAACACACUGCUUCAAAGAGCGCCUCAGUGUCUUGGCAAAUUUAUUGAGAUUGCUGCUCGUAAGAAACGGAACUUUAUUCUGGAUCAGACAAAUGUGUCUGCAGCUGCGCAGAGGAGAAAAAUGUGCCUGUUUGCAGGCUUCCAGCGCAAAGCAGUUGUUGUUUGCCCAAAAGAUGAAGACUACAAGCAAAGAACACAAAAGAAGGCAGAGGUGGAGGGAAAAGAUCUUCCAGAGCAUGCAGUGCUCAAAAUGAAAGGAAAUUUUACUCUGCCAGAGGUAUCAGAAUGUUUUGAUGAAAUAAUCUACGUAGAGUUGCAAAAAGAUGAAGCCCAAAAACUUCUGGAGCAAUACAAAGAAGAAAGCAAGAAGGCCCUUCCUCCAGAAAAAAAGCAGAAUACUGGUUCAAAGAAAAGUAAUAAAAAGAGUGGUAAAAACCAGUUUAACAGAGGUGGACAGAGAGGACGUGGUGGAUUUAACAUGCGUGGCAACUUCAGAGGAGGAGUCCCUGGAAAUCGUGGUGGCUAUAACAGGAGAGGUGGCAAUAUGCCCCAGCGAGGAGGUGGAGGAGGUGGUGGCAGUGGUGGAGCCAUAGGCUAUCCAUAUCCUCGUGGUCCUGUCUUCCCAGUAAGAGGAGGUGGUGGUGGUGGAGGCUAUUCAAACAGAGGAAAUUAUAACAGAGGUGGAAUGCCCAACAGAGGGAACUAUAAUCAGAAUUUCAGAGGGAGGGGAAACAAUCGUGGCUACAAAAAUCAAUCUCAGGGCUACAACCAGUGGCAGCAGGGUCAAUUCUGGGGUCAGAAGCCAUGGAGUCAGCAUUACCACCAAGGAUAUUAUUGAAUUCCCAAAUAAAAUGAACUGAUCCAUAUUUCUUCAAAACCUUCACAAGAAAUCGACUGUUUUCUUUAGUAGGCUAACUUUUUAAACAUUCCACA